AUGAGUGACCGCCAUAACUGCACCGAGCUCACUGAUGUCUGCACAUUUGAAGUGUCAGUCUACGGAUAUGAGCCCAACCUCGCUGCAAAUGCUUUCUUUUGCGCCCUCUUCGGCAUCUUGUGCAUUGCCAAUAUUGGACUCGGGAUCCGAUACAAAACCUGGAGCUGGAUGGCUGCAGUCGGGCUUGGAUGUUUGACGGAAACCAUCGGAUAUGUUGGUCGACUUCUGAUGCGGGACAAUCCGUUUUCUGACAAUGGAUUCAUUACACAAAUUUGCUGCUUGAUCAUUGCUCCAGCCUUCAACUCGGCCGCCAUCUAUCUCACUCUGAAGCAUAUCGCACUCUGCUUCGGUGAACAAUGGUCAUUCGUCAAGCCACGUUUCUAUACUUACAUCUUCAUCAUGUUCGACUUGCUUUCCCUCAUUCUGCAAGCUGCUGGUGGUGGUAUUGCAUCAGCUGCCGACGAUGACGACCAACAAAAGGUUGGGGACAAUCUGAUGAUGGCCGGUAUCAGCUGGCAAGUCGGGGCAUUAUCGAUCUUUGCUGCUACUGCAGGAGUAUACGUCUGGAGAAGAUGGAAGGCUCUCGCACAGUACCCACUGUCGUCCGAGGCAGCUUCCGCCCUGGGUGACAUCAAAUUCCGCUUGUUCAUCAUCGGGGUGGUUACAGCUUGGUUCACCAUUUUCACCCGAUGCGUUUAUCGUAUCAUUGAGAUGGCUGGUGGCUGGGGUAACAGCAUCAUGCGAGACGAGGCAUCAUUCAUCGCGCUAGAGGGAGUGAUGGUCUUGAUCGCAGCUAUUUGCCAAACCGUAUUUCAUCCUGGAUUCUGCUUUCCUCGCCUCGGUGGCUGGGUACCCAGCUCAACCCCGGGAAAGACAUCCCGGGAAGGUUCAAUGGAAGAUGUGAGCGGGAUCCAGCAAGCCUAA